GAGGGUGAAUUCUGAAGAGAUGGAUCGGUAUCUGCUGCUGGUGGUCUGGGGGGAAGGAAAGUUCCCGUCGGCGUUCAGUGGGGAGGCGGAGCGUGAACUAGAGGCGUCGUCGGUUGUGGGUACCGAGAAGCAGCUGGACUUCACAGCAGCAAAUGUUUAUCACCUCCUGAAAAGAAGCAUUAGUGCUUCAGUUAAUCCAGAUGAUAGUACUUUCCCUGCCUGUUCAGUGGGUGGUAUUCCUGGUUCCAAGAAGUGGUUCUUUGCAGUGCAGGCAAUCUGUGGAUUUUACCAGUUUUGUAGUUCUGAUUGGCAAGAGAUACAUUUUGAUGCAGAAAAAGAUAAGAUUGAAGAUGUUCUUCAAACAAAUAUUGAAGAAUGUUUGAGUGCCGUUGAGUGUUGUGAAGAAGAAGAUAGUAAUAGCAGGGAAUCCUUAUCCUUGGCUGAUCUAUAUGAAGAAUGUGCUGAAAAUUUGCAUCAGUUAUCAGACAAGCUUCCUGCUCCUGGGAGAGCACUGAUAGACAUAAUACUAUUGCCCUCUGAUAAAGAUCCUCCUCAGUUGAAAGACUGUUUGCCUGCUGUAGGAGCAUUAAAACAUUUGAGGGAAUGGCAUUCAGCAAAAAUUACUGUAGUGGCACAUCACUGUGAAAUAAAUUGUCAGAAGAUUGUAGAAUACCUUUCUGCUAAUGUUGUAUCCUUAGAAGAGCUCAGAAAUGCUAUUGACACAAAGGAAUUAUGGAGGGGAAAGAUUCAGAUAUGGGAAAGAAAGUUUGGAUUUGAAAUUAGUUUUCCUGAGUUUUGUUUAAAGGGAGUAACACCCAUGAAUUUUAAUACAUCUAAUUUAAAUACUUGCUCUCUUGAUAAAAAGACAAUACCAUUGAAGGAUAAGAAUAUUUUGCCAAAGGUUUUCCAUUACUAUGGCCCUGCUUUGGAAUUUGUUCAGAUGGUACAGUUAUCGGAUCUGCCCUCCUGCUAUGUGUCAGACAUUGAAUUUGAAUUAGCAUUGACAGGAAAUAACACCAAGCAGAAUUCCAUGUUGCUGUUGGAGCAGAUUUCUUCUCUGUGUGGCAAGGUUGGUGCUCUUUUUGUGUUGCCAUGCACAGUUAGUAACAUACUUAUUCCACCUCCCAACCAACUCAGUUCAAGAAAAUGGAAAGAAUAUAUUGCUAAAAAGCCUAAGACAAUCAGUGUUCCAGAUGUUGAAGUAAAAGGAGAGUAUUCUAGCUAUUAUCUCUUGGUACAAGGUAAUGGCAGUAGAAAAUGUAAAGCCACAAUGCUUCACUCAGCCAACCAGAUAAAUGGCUUCUUUGCCCUCAGUUUAAUCCAUGGAAAGAUGAAAACAAAGACAGAAGAAGCCAAAUUGAGCUUUCCUUUUGACUUAUUAUCGCUUCCACAUUUUUCUGGGGAACAGGUUGUACAGAGAGAGAAACAGUUAGCUAAUGUGCAAGUUUUGGCUUUGAAAGAAUGCCUGAAAAGGAGAAAGUUGGCAAAGCAGCCUGAAGCAGUUUCUGCUGAUGAACUCAAAAGUCUAUUAGUACUCACGAGGGAACGCUUUUUACAUCAUUUUGAUGCUCUUAUUCCUAAAACAGUCCUAAGGCAGACUGACAAAAUUAAAACCUCCAAUAUGUUAAAUGCUGCCUGUCCAGUAGAACCUGAUUCUUCAAGUCUAAUGGAAGCCAAUUGUCUGGAAUGGCCAGAAAGGCAUGUUCUUCACAAUUUAGAAACUUUUGAAAAAGCUAAGCAAAAAAUGAGAACUGGUUCAUUACCUCGUUCAUCUGAACAGUUGCUGGGCCACAAGGAGGGUUUGCGGGAUUCAGUCACAUCAUUGGAUGCUAAAGAAUUGCUGAAAUACUUCACUUCAGAUGGAUUGCCAGUGGGAGAUCUUCAGCCUUUACAGAUUCAAAAGGGGGAGAAGAGUUUUGUUUUGACACCAGAACUUAGUCCUCGGAAACUUCAGGGCUUACCUUUUGAAAAAGCCUCAGUGUGUCAUUAUCAUGGAAUUGAAUAUUGUUUAGAUGACCGAAAAUCUUUAGAAAGAGAUGGGGGAUUUUCUGAACUUCAGUCUCGUCUUAUUCGUUAUGAAACUCAAACUACCUGCACCAGAGAAAGCUUUCCAGUCCCUACAGUGCUGAGCCCUCUUCCGUCUCCUGCAGUUCUGUCAGAGCCUGGGAGUGUUCCUGAUGGAGAAGCUUUGCAAAGUGAACUACGAACUGAAGUACCUCGGGUGAAACGGAGAUCUCAAGAUCUGAAUUGCCUUUAUCCCCCAAAAAGACUUGUGAAGUCUGGAAGUUCAGAUUCUCUUCUUUCUCAAAUGAGUGGCAAUAGUAAUCAUCACCAUCAUGUGAUGACAUCCAGAAAGCCACAGGCAAAGCAGUCAUCAAUGACUUGUCCGUUGGUUCCAGUUCCCACCUGUGAAACUCCAGAAGUCACUACAAAGGCCAGUUCUGGUCAAAAAAGUGUGUAUGCAUUGAAGACAUCAAAGCAAACUAAGGAAUCAAGAUCACAGAAACAUACACGGAUACUGAAAGAAGUAGUGACUGAAACCCUAAAGAAACACCGGAUCACCGAGGCCCACGAGUGCUUCUCUGCAUGCAGCCAGCGACUCUUUGAAAUCUCCAAGGUCUACCUAAAGGAUCUUAAAACUUCAAGGGGUCUAUUUCAAGAAAUGAAGAAGACAGCAAGCAACAAUGCUGUACAGGUGAUUGAAUGGGUAUUAGAAAAGACAAGCAAGAAAUGAUACAGAAUCAUUCUGGUUAGGACAAUUCAAGUUGAAUGGAGCUGUUAUUUACCACUUCAUUCUUUUUUCUGAAAAUUUAUAAACAAAUUUUAAAACAAAUUUCAAACUUUAUUCAAAGAGCAGAUGUUACAUUUCUAAAGAAUUUCAUAAGUAGCCUAUAUUUAUAUAGUUUGGGUAAUGCUCAGUUAAUUAUCUUUAAUUAUGUACUUAUUUUAUGCAGUUUCACUCUGUUUUAAGUUUUAAAGUUAUUUUUAUAUGUUUUUAA